AUGUCACAUCCGGCUGAUAUCCCGUCUCUGCCUAAAGGACUGCGCUCCAGGCCAGCGGCUGACGCGCUGAUCAAUGACAGCAUCAACACUCCGGCUCCGCCUGCAGGGGACCAGCAUCAAACGGACAAUGGUCUUAAGAACUCUUCGGCGGACAACAAUGCAUCCGCAAGCAAUACCACUACGUCAACCAACGGGGAUGCUGCUGGUGUCUCUGGUACAACAUGUGAUCGGGCGACGGGUGAGUUAGUCACGGAUGCGGACGGCUUCAUUGACGAAGGCUCUGAUGAUGAGCUGGAGCUGGAUCUGAGCUCGGAAGCUGCUGCAACGCUGCGCUCCACUGCCGUUCUGCUGAUUCCGUUUAUUCAGCACCUGGAAAUUGCCUGCGUGUUGGAUGCUUUAAAAAUGCUGACGAAACGUGGUUGGUGUACAGAACUCUCAGACGACGUGCUCACAGAUGUGAAAUUUCAAGAGCUUCCGUUUGGUUAUAUCGCAAAGCAGUGGUUCUGUCGCCUCCAAGCUUCUUUCUUGCACGCAUCUGACACGGGGAUUGUGCGGAGGAAGGAAGUGGUGUAUCAGGCACUUAACGGAAAGCUUUUCAAGCUACAUUGGCUCCAUACCGCUGACCCUUCCUUCACGCGGGAGAAAGCUCAGAACCCGCAGGCCAUUGAAGUGGUUGUCAAGGGUGUCUCUGCUGAAGUGGAGCUGGUCACGAUCCACAACCGUCUGGCCGUUUACCCGAUUGAAAGCCGUGGGAAGCCAGCCUUCCUGCGCUGCACCUGUCUUCACCGUGUGCAGCACCCCGUCACCGGCGUGGAUACGGAUGCUGUGAAAGGACUGGUGUACGCUAACCCUGCUGAUCUGCACCGCUGGAUCCACAUGAUCCCUGCUCCGGCUGAUGGCCCCUCCGCGGCCUCGUCUGGCCCCACUACGGCCCCCUCUGGCUCCGCUACGGCCCCGUCUGGCCCCGCUACGGCCUCCUCUGGCCCCGCUACGGCCCCGUCUGGCCCCGCUAUGACCCCGUCUGGCCCUGCUACGGCCCAGUCUGGCCCCGCAACGGCCCCGUCUGGCCCCUUUACGGCCCCGUUUCGGCCCCUCUGCGGCCCCGUCGCCACCUGCGGCCCCGUCGCCACCUGCGGCCCCACCGCCACCUACGGCCCCGCCGCCACCUUCGUCCCCAUCGCCACCUGUGACCCCGCCGCCACCUACAGCCCCGUAGCCACCUGCGGCCUUGCCGCCACCUGCGGCCCCGCCACCCAGCGCCCGCACCGCCGAGCAGCCGAACCGCUGAGCAGCUGA